CUCCUCACUUUUUGGGUGUGCUGAGCCGUACUCCUACAUCCGCCCAGCGUCCCUGGGUCUCCAUCAUCUCUUCUUCAUCUCCAUCCCCCCUCCGCCUUUCUCAUCCUUCUCUCUCUCUCUCUCUCCCUCUCCGCGUCUCCAUCCGCUUACCUCCCGCUCAUAUCCUACACAAUCUCCACAUUCUACGUUUUAUCACACCCCCCACACAUCGCACAGGGGAACAUUUUACUACCGUAUCGACCAACAGCUGCUGUCCUUCCCCCACAAACAACCACGCUCACGUCUCCCUCCGUCCUCCCUCACAAGACGCCGUUGUCUAAACGCGCCAUAGAUUCACGCUAGAAUUCGUUCGGACAUUUCUCACUCACUUGACGAUAACCUUAGCACACACAGCGCUCAUACUCUUUCAAGAACACUGGUACAGAGCCAUUAGCAGCCAUUGACACCUAUUGACAACCGCUGAAGACCAUUAAUACGGCGCAAGAGCAACAAUGGUUUCGGAGAGUCUCGACAUACAGGUCCUCGUGAGGGCGCUGUACGACUUUGACUCGGAGGACGCGACCAAUUUGACGUUCAAGAAGGAUGAUGUGAUUCAAGUCCUGGCUCAGCUGGAGUCGGGUUGGUGGGCUGGCUACUGCCAAGGUCGGCAAGGCUGGUUCCCCUCGAAUUAUGUGGAGGUCUUGGGCGAAGACGACCUUGACAGCCAGGACGAAGAUGACGAGGAGUAUGCAGAGGGAGACGAUCUCGAUAGCGCCGAUGAUCUCUGGCUACCUCAAACAACGCCUGAUGGGCAGGUCUUUUAUUAUAACCAAAGGACACAGGAAUCAAGUUGGACCAUUCCAGAGUCGGAGGAUCAGGCAAGCAUGGGGACAGCAGCCACUGGUGACCAAGAGGGAUCAGGCAAGGCAGGAUGGUCGGUGCGCGAGUCGACUUCAAACGGGAAUGGCUGGUACAAUUCAGAAGCCGAGGACGAGGAUCAGGACGCAGGCCAGGAAAUACAGGAGGGCCAAGAUGAAGACGAUGAUGGCCGUCUCUCUGUAUCAUCCAGUAACCAUCACAACGCCAAUAACCUGAAGGACGCGUCCGAAGCACAGACCCUGGCGGCUGUCAGGAAACCAUCGGGACUCGCCCCAACGCCACAGGAGUCCGUCGAGGGACUGCCUCCACUGCCGCUUUUGCCCAACCCUUUCGAUCCUGAGCCCACCUGGACCUCGCUCGCCGAACACACUGCCGCCGCGGUCCAGAACUUGGUCUCCUCAGCCGAAAACGGCUACAAGCCCUACUAUCUCAUCCAAUCCUCAAUCGUCGUCGAGGCUAUCCGCGUCAUGCUCUACGCCUCAGGAACUGUCGACAAAGAUGCUGCAAUCAUGCGUCAGCACCGUGGUCUCAAAAUGCACCAUCGCCAGAUCAUGGCCGCCCUUUCAAAGCUCGUGCUCUCGGCAAAAAUGGCAUCUGGUGUCUGGCCUGCAUCUGACGCCGUGGCCAAACUGCUGGCUGAUGCUCGCGAAGUCGGCAUUGCGGCUCAGAACUAUGUGACGACGGCAAUGGCAGCCAACAUCACAGUUCACCAGGUGGAUGCGCGGCUUGUCACUGACGUCAAGAGCCCGCUCAAGGAGAAGGCCGAGUCUCUGUCGCUAAACAGGGCGCUUUCGAACGGGUCCGGAAAAGGCGACCCCAGUUCCAACGACCGCAAGGUAUUUGGAUCGCAGAUGAGCACCCAAAGCAUUCUUAGUCAGUUGGAUUACUACUCCAAGAGCGCUUCCAAGGCUGUAUCUGUCCUGGCGAUGCAAAUUGAAAAGUUGAUCGAGAGUCCAUCGCUUUCUCUCCGCAGCAGCGGCAUUAUCGGUAUCUCGGCUACGAACCCAGUCAUGAACUCGUCCCAGUCCGCGCAGCUGGUGACCCAGGCCCGGCAAACAGUCUCCCAGCUAGGCUCACUUCUAACCUUGGUCACAGACUUUAGUUCCUCUACCCUUGCUGAGCAACCCCGUAUCCCAGAGAAGUUAUUUAUGGAUGUCAAGAACUCUAAACAAGCUCUGCAUAGGAGCACCGCCUCAUUGGUCAUAGCCAUUCAGUCUGCAACUGAUCUCUUGGCUGUUGGUCAAACUCUGGAACUGGCCCUCGCCACAACCCUGUCAACAGACCAAGCAGCACAGAGUCUCGCGCAAGCAACGCGUGUCUUGAUCCAAGAGAAAGAGAUAGCUGAGGCAAACGUGCCCCUGAACAGGGCAUCAACUGAUCUUUAUGGAGGCGGAAGAAAACCAUCGUUGGCGCCACAACCGGACGGCAACUACAAUUAUGAUCACGAUUCUGAUAUUGAACCGGAGCUAUCUAUUCGUAACAGCAACGCUCGCUCGGAUGUGACCUCACAACGUACGCGCGUGGGAUCCCAGCCAUCCAUCUUCAGUGGUACUUCAGGAACACAGACUCCCGCAGGCACAGAAUAUUCGGGACGUGCCCCACAAGGUGGCUACCCGUUCCCUCCGUCAGCUUCCUUGGAAGGCAACAUCCAUGGAAAUGGCUCUAACUUUGCGAACAGUAGUGUUCCAGGACGGUACGAUCUUCGUGGCGAUAAGUUGAAGAAGAUUCUUGGGGACGAUGCACCAACGCGCCCUUCGGCACAGACAUGGUUUUUAGACUAUGAUUACCAGCGGGAUGACCUCAUUUUGAAUGCUGAGGGUCAGGUCAAAGGAGGAACGCUUCCAGCAUUGAUUGAGCGGUUGACACUGCACGAUGGACUCGACUCGAAUUUUAUUGCAACUUUCUUGCUCUCGUACCGCUCUUUUACGACAACCAAGGAGCUGUUCCAACACCUUUUCCUCCGAUUUACAAUUCAAUCACCUGCAGGUCUGGAUGCGGAGGAGCUGGAGAUCUGGACUGAGAAGAAGUUGACGCCUAUCCGUCUGCGUGUCUUCAACAUUAUUAAGUCAUGGCUCGAGAAUUACUACCUUGAGGACGAGGUCGAUGACAAGGAAGCGCUUUCGAUGAUCAAAGACUUUUCGGGAUCGACGGCGAUGAAGGAUACGAUGAGCUUUGCGGCUGUGCAGCUCAUUAAAUUGGUCGAGAAGCGCGAGCAAUCCGAUGGAGCGUUCCGUAAGAUGGUGCUGAAUUUGACAACUCAGGCACCCCAGCCAAUCACACCUCGCAACCUGAAGAAGAUCAAGUUCUUGGAAAUCGACCCACUAGAAUUCGCACGCCAGUUGACGAUCAUGGAGGCUGCUGUGUACAACAAAAUUCGUCCUGUGGAGUGUCUGGCCAAGGCUUGGACAAGCGAUGAUCCCGAGGUGGCCGCUAAGGCCGUGAACAUCAAGAAGAUGAUUGAGACCAGCAACCUUUUGUCCAACUGGAUCAACGAGCUGGUCUUGAGCGAGAAGGAGAUCAGGAAGCGUGUCCUGGUGAUCCGCCACCUUGUUCUGAUUGCAGAGAAACUGCGGCAACUCAACAACUUCUCUGUGCUCUCAGCAGCAAUGGCAGCCCUGUCGCUGUCGCCAAUCCAUCGUCUGAAGCGGACAUGGGAGCAGGUUCCUCAGCGGACCAUCACGUCGUUCAUGGAGCUCCAGACAUUGAUGGGCGUGGCCAAGAACUGGGCCGAGUAUAGAGAGGAGCUGCACUCGGCUAAUCCACCAUGCGUGCCCUUCGUUGGCAUGUAUCUGACGGACCUGGUGAUGAUCCAGGACGGCAACAGCGACUUUUUAAAAAAAUCGAACCACCUCAUCAACUUUUACAAGCGUGUUAAGACCGCGGAGGUGAUUCGUGAGAUCCAGCAGUAUCAGUCUGUUCCUUAUUGUUUGACACCUGUGCCUGAGAUCCAGGCAUUCAUCCGCCGCGGUAUGGACGGCACAAAGUCGGUCGCGGAUUUGUAUGACAUGAGUCUUGCGUUGGAGCCUCGUGAGCGCGGAGACGAAAAGAUUGCUCGUAUGCUGACAGAGUCCGGCAUGUUGUAAACAGGGGACGACUUGUUAGGAAAUCCCAACCUAUUUAUUUUCUCGUUGCUUUUUAUUUCUUCAUACCCUCCAUCGUGUGCUCUGCCUCUCUCUAUUCUUUUUUCUUCAUCUUUCUUUUUCCCUUUAUCGGCUUUCGCCGUUGUUUCCUGUCUGCUUCUGAUUUUCUGGAUAUCGAGUGCCCGUAGCUUUGCGUUUGCUUUUAGUCUUUCUCAAUACACCUUUAACUAAUAACC